AUGGCGCCAGCGAUUGAUAUCAAGACCUAUCCGGGCAAUAUCAUCAACGGAGAAUUUGCCCCAACAGCCGAAACCCGGCACUCAAUUGACCCCGCAACGGAAGAGUCUCUCUACGAGGUGCCGGUCGCCACCAAACAACAGCUUGACGAUGCAGUUCAACACGCCAGGAAGGCUUUCAAGACAUGGGGCAAGACAACUCAUGAGGAGAGGUCAAAGCUCGUGCUGCAGUAUGCGGACGCUAUUGAAGAGAACAGGGAAAGCCUGGAGAAGCUGCAGACCAUGGAGCAAGGCAAGCCUUUGGGCCUAGCUAACUCGGAGAUGACCAUGACUAUAGCCUGGCUGCGUGCUUUUGCAACCAUGGAAGUGAAAGACGAGGUUCUCGAGGACAAUGACGAGAGAACAAUCUACUCGACGUUCCCUCCCCUUGGAGUUUGCGGUGCCAUUGUUCCCUGGAACUGGCCAAUGCUGUUGGGUUUGGGCAAGGUCGGACCUGCGCUUAUGACGGGCAACACAAUCAUCAUGAAGCCGUCGCCUUAUACGCCGUACUGCGACCUGAAGCUGGGCGAGAUCGCAAUGUCUAUCUUCCCCCCGGGAGUGUUCCAAGUCCUUAGUGGCAACGAUGAUCUCGGUCCAUGGAUGACGGCACACCCAGGAAUCGACAUGAUCGCUUUCACCGGAUCGAUCGCUACAGGGAAGAGGGUCGCGGAGAGCUGCGCCAAAACUCUCAAGAGAUGUCUUCUCGAGCUUGGCGGCAACGAUGCUGCCAUUCUCUGUGAGGAUGUUGACAUCUCUAAGUGUCUGCCCAAGAUCGCGACACUUGCCUUUUUGAACUCGGGCCAGAUCUGCAUGCUAGUGAAGCGAAUCUACGUCCACGAAAAGAUCUAUGAUGAGUUCAGAGAUGCCAUGGUAGAGUUCACUAAAAACAACAUCAAGACUGGUGGGGGCUUUGAGCCGGAUGUUAUUGUUGGGCCUCUUCAAAACAGCAUGCAAUAUGAGCUGGUCAAGAACAUGUACGCAGACAUCGAAAAGUGCGGUUGGAUAACAGCACUGGAGGGUUCUGUCCGUGAAACCUGCAAGGGCUACUUCAUCGAGCCUGCGAUCAUUGACAACCCACCUGAGGACUCUCGUAUCGUCAAAGAAGAGCCGUUUGGACCAAUUGUGCCGUUGCUGAAGUGGUCCUCCGAGGAGGAUGUAAUCGACCGUGCCAACGGCCUUGAAACGGGCCUCGGCGCAUCGGUGUGGAGCAAGGAUCUGAAGCGCGCUGAGCGGAUGGCCCGGUGCCUCAGUGCCGGAAGCGUCUGGGUCAACUCGCAUUUUGACGUUGCACCCAAUGUUCCCUUCGGAGGUCACAAAGAGAGUGGAAUUGGAAUGGAAUGGGGCAUUGAAGGAUUCAAGCAAUACACCAACACGCGGAGCCUUUGGGUGUGGAAGAAAGUCUUUGAGUAA